AUGAUGAACAUAAACAAAAUUAUUCAAUCAGGUCAAAUAAAUAAUAUUUUGACGAGAAUUAAGUUAAAUAACUCAUUGGAAAAUAAUUAUUUUUUUAAUUUAAAAAAAUAUGUAUCUGUUCUAGUCAAUGAGUUAAGAAGUGGUAAUAUAUUUCUGCAUAAUGAUAAAUAUUGUGAAGUAACAGAACAAAGGCAAAUUAAACAAGGAAGAUUAGCUACCACAAAUAUGAUUUCUUAUAUUGAUUUAAGUACAUUGAAAAGUGCAUCAACAAAAUUUGCCUGCCAAGCAAAAGUAGAAAAAAUUGAACCUGUAAAAAUGAAUGUAAAAAUUCAGUAUACUGAUAAACAAAAAAAUAUAGUUGUGUGUUUAGAUGAAAAUUAUGAAGAUAUAGAGAUUCCUCUAAAUAUUUUUGGAAUUUCAGAAGAAUAUUUAGAGCCAGGUUUACAAGUAAGUGUUUUUAAACAUGAAGAGAAAAUUAUUAAAGUUAAUUUGCCCUCUUCCUUAUUAGCAACCUUAAGGAAAAAGUAA